AGAGAGGACACAUCCAUGCAGACCAGACUCAAGUCAAUGGAUUGGACAAACAGAGCAGCCUGCUUCCUCUCCCAGACAGAUGCAGCAAAGCAGGCUCAGCCAUCCCCAAAAGCUUGGGGUUCCUUUAGUCCCACUGGUCCCACAUUUAAUGGGGAUCAGGUCUGGCUGAAGGAAUUGAUAGGCCUGUCUUCUAACCAGUCCUCCCCAAGCCAGCCAUCCAGCCCCAGUGUCCCCUGUAGCAGCCCAGGAGGCAGCAGGAGCAGCAGUGAGGGCACAGGCAGCCUGAACAGCUGGGGCUCUGGGGUGACCAGCCUCCUGCACAGCUGCAUCAAGAAGCAGAGCCAGGAGGCUUUUCAAACUCGACUCAGAGAAGUGAGAGGGCUGGGGAAGCUAACAGCACAUCCUUCCAGGGGGCCUCAUUGCAGUGCUUAUCCACAGGUGGAGCAGGGAGGAGGCAGCUGUCAUAACACACUGCAUCAGGGGAGGGGCUCUACACAAACCCAUACCAGCGUUAACAGUGUAAAAGUACAGUGGCUGCUGGAGGAAAAGAUCGACACCAAGCUGAAGUUUUCACAGUUCCUAGAUGAGGUAACGUCCAAUGUGCUUGACCCAAACAGCCUGCAGGCAUUUGGAAAACCAGUGUCUCCCUCUGGCUUCACCGCCAGAAACCCAGAUCAGCCUGAAGACCAGGUCAGUGUUGUGAGCUCCAGGCUACUCUGCUCAAUGGCCCAGCAGCAGAAGACUCCAGAAGAACAGACUUCCCCUGACCUGGCACAGAAAAAAUAUCUAGAGACGGACAUUGACACUGUGAGAAGGGGCGAUGAGAAACAGGGCCACGAGGUAAAAGCAGAAACACCGCCAAAGCUGGAAAUAGACGAGGUUAACUUGAUCCCACCUCCUCCACAAUUCUGUCAAGGAUUUGAGAUGAAGAAUUUCCGUCCUGAGUUUCGUCGUGACUUCCCCAGAUACCCCUACAGAUCUGUGUCUCUGCCCAGAGGCAUCAACAUGGUUCCUGACGAAGAGAUGAACAACAUAGACACUGUCAGCUCAUUGCUGGAGCAGAAGGAGGACUUACGGAAAAGGCUUUCCUACACAACACACAAGCUUGAACUGCUGCAGAGUGAGUUUGACUCCACUCGGCAGUACCUGGAGACAGAGCUCCGCCGAGCACAGGAGGAGCUGGACAAGUUCACUGAUAAACUGCGCAGAAUACAAAGCAGCUACUCAGCACUGCAGAGGAUCAACCAAGAUCUGGAGGAGAAGAUCCAUAGCAAUUCGCAGCACCAUGAUGAUGAAAAGCGAGCUCUGAGCAGAGAGAUUAUUGUCCUUAACAACCAUCUGAUGGAGGCAAAGCUCACCAUCGAGAAGCUACAAGAGGACAAUGAGCUGUACAGAAAGGACUGUAACCUGGCUGCACAGCUUCUCCACUGCAACAAAUCUCUUUACAGAGCCCAGCUCUCUGAGCUGCCUGCUGAUUUUCAGGAGCGACUGACCAUGCACUUGGAGGACUCUCCACUCUGUCACACCUACUCUGACUCUGUCCCAGCCUCUCUCAUUGCCAAAGUACUUGAGAAGCCAGAUGAUGCCUGCAGCAGCAGCCAGGCCUCCCGCUCCCCCAGCCCGCAAACCCAGGACCAUGCGUUUAUUCUGGAACGAUUGGGCCCUGGAGAGCGUCUGGGGCUCCGUGCAGCAUACAAAUCUGACCUGUACAGUAGUGACACAGCCCUGUACUGCCCUGAUGACCGCCACCGCGAGCGCCGGCCCAGCAUGGAUCUUCAUGGUCAGAGAAAGCUGCUGUAUGGGCCCCAGAACUCCACAGACAGCAACCCAGAGGAGGGUUCAGUGGGACUGAGAGCUGGCUUCUCCCAGGAGCACUUUGCUAAGUUUCCUGCCACACUGGGGGCAGGUUCCAGCUCUUACUCCAGCUUCAGUGGAGGGGGGUCUGAGGACAAAGGCAACGGCCCGCCCAGCAGCGCAGCUUCCUCCCCGCUCCAUCAUUCCCUCUACAUGGAAUGGAGAGAUGCAGGGGACUAUGAGAGAAAGAGUGACUCAUCCUGGGAGAGGGACUCUCCAAGGGGCUUUGCCAAUGCUCAUCCUUUCCAACAGACGGAACUGAGCCACCACCAGAACGGCAGCUCUCCUGUCUACAGUCGUACCAUGUCGUCCUGUUUCAGUGAGCCCUAUGAGCCACUCCCUCCAUCCUCCUCCCCAAGCGUCGCCUACGGAGACAGUCGUCGAGGCAGCACAUUAGCCCCUGAGGAGGAAGAGCUGAUUGGUCGAUGGAGGCAACUUAGUGUCGAAGACUUAAGUGCCAACACCUACCGCAGCCCAGGCCGUGCCUCACCUUACAGCUUCUCAGAGCAGCACUUCUCUGUCCGUCCUGCUAAGAUCCGUCUUGGGCCGCUCUACAGCAGUUUCCAAGAAGGGGCUGAUUACUACCAUCAGGGGGUGGAUGUCAUGGACCCAGUGUGGGUAGCUGCCAGCCCCAGUCCCGAAUGCAGCCCAGGGCUGCGGCAGGCACACAGCCAAGCUCACCUGUACCGAGCUGAGGACAGCCAGGGGUCGGAGCACAGCCUCUACCACUCAGGGAGCUCCAAAGACAGGGAAUGCAAUGUUGCAACUGGAGGCCAGAGCACAGAUUAUGUAGAUCCCAGUCCAAAUAGCUCCAGUGAAUCUCUCAACCAGAGGUCCCUGGAAAUGGCCGCAGAGCUGCAGCAUUAUCAAGUUGAGAUGCACAGCCUGCCUGCACAGGUGAGCCAGUCACCGCCACCAGCCCCACCACCUCCUCCUCCAUACAACCAAAAAUUUGGCUCCCUGGGACUUUCCAGGAAGGACAGUUUGACGAAAGCCCAGUUGUAUGGAACACUUCUGAACUGAGGAACUUUGCAACCAGUUUGAAACUUUGACAGGAUAGUAGACACAAGACCGCAGUGUGUUCAGCAACACCUUAUGUUUAGUGCCACCAUUUUGACAGAAAAUGGUUUACAUAGCAGCCAGGAGCCAAAUAAUUCAGUAACAUGAACAUGUAACUAUUGCUGAUCAUUUUAAAGCAUUGAUUGUUGAAGUAAGUCAUAUGAAGAGUUGGAUAUGGGGACAUGGGAGCUGAAGGAGCUCUUAAAUUUUGUAGGAAUGUGUAUGUAUUUAAAUGUACAAAUAUAUACUAAUAAAAAUUGAGUGAUAUAUUUUGUAUGUAACGGUUAGAACGAAAUACAUCCAAAACAAUCAAAAAGUGGAAAUCUUCUCUAUAUUCUGGAACUUGUAUAUAAUUUAAAAACUCUCAAUGCUAUAUUUGAAAGUGAGAGAAGUAUUUUAAUUGAGACUUGCCCCCAUUAAACUGCAUAGAUUUGUUUCAGUUAUUAUUUUGAAUUGGUUGAAACAGUGUUGGCUUUGUGAUGAUUUACAUAUUGUGAGUGUUGAAACUAAGGGGGGAAAUAAAAUCAAAUAAAUUUCUGAACAAUGACAAACAUACAUUUAAUUUUUCUUCUGUUAACUGAAUUUGACAGUGUCGGUUGGUGUGUUUUGUUGUUAUUGAUGGAACGUUUUGAGAUGUAAACAUCUGUUUUAGCAGUCAGUAUUUAUUUUUGCUCUUCUAUAUCCAUCAAAGAGGUAUUCCUGCCCCCAUUCUACCUCAGAUUUGAAUGCCCACACCCCACAAAGCCGCUGUACCCGUUUCUUUGACGACAAUGCAUGUUUAUACAUUUUGGUUGUUUUGUUUGCCUAAUAAAGCACAAAUUAUACAUUUAAA